AUAUCUGACAAAAAAAAAAAACAGGACCCGUUUGAAUCCUCCUAAUGAUGAGAGUUCGAGAAUUUUUGCAGAAGGAGCAGAAUUUUCUGAAUCAGAUAGCCAUUAAUACGAUCAGAAGAUUUAUGAGCAGUCAGCGUUCUGCCAAUCAUAAUGUGACACGAGUAAUGAGCUUUGGAGAUGGAAGCCACGGAGCUCUUGGAUUACCCACCUCCCUUACCGGCGUCGGAACCGACGCCUACGAGCCUACCAUUGUCCCCGGACUUCCCGCCGAUGUUGUUGGACUCGCCGCUGGCCAUUACCACUCUCUUGCUGUCACUUCUUCUGGUCAGCUCUGGGCAUGGGGUCGUAACCAUGAAGCCCAGCUCGGCCGUGACGUUCUAGCCGCCAGAGAUACAUGGAAUGAGCCGAUGAGAGUUGAAGGGUUAAAUAAAGUUCAUGUCAUUUCCGCAUUUGCGUCCGGGGUUGUCUCUGCAGCCAUUGCAGAUGAUGGUUCUUUAUGGGUUUUGGGAAGGUCUAAGAGGGGUCAGCUUGGUCUCGGGAAAGGAAUCACAGAGGCGUUGGUACCUUCGAAAGUCGAAGCACUUGCUGGAGAGAAGAUAGCUAAGGUAUCGUUUGGUUGGGGGCAUGCACUUGCUCUGACAGACGACGGAAAACUAUUUGGCUGGGGUUAUUCAGCUGAUGGUAGACUGGGAAGAAUUGCCGGAGGUGUAGAUGUUUCAGCACUGGAUUCUAGUUCAGCAUUAGUCAAAGAUAACCAACAAGUCCCAAGAUCAACGGUGGAAGCUACUGAAAGAUUGGUUUUGGAGGGAAUGGAAAAGGAAAACGACAUGCCAAUAGUUUGGGAUCCUUGUUUAGUGGAAGAAUCGCAAGGAACUGAAGUUGUAGAUAUUGCCUGUGGGCUUGAUCAUUCAUUGGUGCUUUUCCGUGAUGGAACAUUAUUGAGUUGCGGAAGCAAUAUAUACGGCCAGUUAGGCAGAGCAAAUCAAGAAAUAGGAUUGUUUCCCGUCGAUGUAAAAUUUCAUCCAUUCUCUAUAGCGUCAGGCCUCGGCCACUCUUUUGCAGUUUGCAAGACUGCAUUGUCGGAUUCUGAAGGAGAGGCCACAUGCAUUGUUUCAUGGGGAUGGAAUCAAAGAUCUCAGCUCGGAAGGGUAGGACCCGAGAAUAUCCCAUCGGAGGUCGAGGGUCUAGACGAGGAAGAUCCUGUUUCAGUGUGCGGGGGGCGAGUACAUUCCAUUGCUGUCACAUCCAAACUUGAGGUGUGGGUUUGGGGCUGCGGCAAGAAUGGGAGACUUGGUCUAGGGAGUUCUGUUGAUGAAGCUGAGCCUGUCUUGCUUGAUAGUGUAGAAGGUUAUGAUGUUUUACAAGCUGUGUCCGGCUUCGAUCAUAAUCUAAUUUUGAUAUCUCAAUGAUGGCAGUGAAUUAGUUAGAAAUCUAUUUUAUUGGUAUUUAUAUUUCUUUUGUUUUUUCUUUUUUAUUAUUUAUUUGGAAUUUGAGUUCAAUAUGUAAAUGCUUUAAUGAAAAAGCUUGAUUCCGCACGGUUGAGAUGGAGUGCCACUGGCUCUUUGAUA